CAAGUAGAGAAAUAUGUGGACACUCACUGUUGGCAUGAAAAUUAUUAUUGUUACAGUGUUACUCCGUUGUAGUUACGCCUUCCUUGAUUACAACCCUGAACUUGGCGCCUACCAAGACGACGGCAAGUGCCUAAACUGGAGCGAACCAUGGUAUGUAGUGUACAGAAACUACGAAGAUGACCCGGUGUUCGGUGACAGCACUUAUUGCGCCUAUACAACUGUAGCAGUGAGUGACCCGGAAAACUCAGUCAUAUGGACAAAGGAACAGGGCGAAACGACACGGUAUCUCAAAAAUACUAUUCUGUCAUCACCUGGGUACACGUCGAAAGACUUAGUUCACGUCGAGAGUGCCGAGCCCGGAAAGCAACCCGGCGAACAUCCCGAAAUUGACGUUUAUAUGAGAUCCAUUUACAUCAACUGCAACAGUUGCAAGGUGUUCCGUCACCUCAAUAUUGAUGCAGGAGCGGGAUGUACUCUUUGGAAACCUAAAAGCAAGAUAAACCAGAGAGACGCUUGCUGUGAAUUUAUUUACGACCUGCUGUGCGGCACCUCACCAAAGUACCACAUCUCCGACAACUGCUCCUGAAGUUCCUGACUUCAUCGCCUAACCACAGUAGCAUUCUAUGCUCGUUAUC